AUGGCGAACCACAACAACGGGCGCUUUGUGUUUCCCCUAACAAGUUUGCAGAUUGGGGAUUUGCAGUCUUACCUUUCGCACCUCAAUCUAUUCCCAGCACCCACAAGCGGAAAGCUCUACAUAUUAGUCGACAACAGGCCGUGGCUGCAAGAUCUCGUCUCGCGCUCCACUCACUGGUGGCAGCUCAUGGUCACAAAGUCCAGGUUGUCCCCAUUUGCCAACACGAGAGGCAAGAAGGAGAAAGAGAACGAGCUCUUAGAGCUAGAGGCUUCUUCUUCUUCUUCUUCGGAUGAAGGGGAAUCAAGAAGUUUCAGAAAUUGGUUCUCGUUUAUGGAUGCUGUGAUGUUGUCUAGAAAACGGGCUCUGCUGCCUGUAAAGAAGCUAAGGAAUUCUUUCAUCGCGAACAGCAACUUGCAUAGGACGCUUUACGGAUUUAUCGUGUUCGAGAUUGCAUGGGAUGAUGUUCGUGGCAUUAACUAUUUUAAUGAGCUUCUGACUGAUACAUCACUUGCGAUUGAGGCUAAAAUCAUGCGGAGGUGGGAAUUCGACAGUAUAUCACAAGCUUCCAAGACCAUAAGAUCAUGGUUUCCCGGGACUCUCAGUGAUCGUAUUCUCUUGAAGGAACACUUAGAUGCUACGAUAGGUGAAGUUUACCAUGAUGCUCAGGAAAGCUUCCUUACUGAUAACCCACCCAACACACAAACCUUGCCUGAUAAACCCAACAAGAGAAGAAAAAUCAUGCAGUCAAUCUACUUCGACUCGGAGCUUGGGAUCUGCUCGGGGGGUGAAUCUUAUGCGGGCCCCAUUGAGGUCCUCUUAAAGACCCCAAAACCGAUUGAUCACAGCACGACCCACGAGCCGACCCUCUACAGAGAUGUCCUCAUUCUAUUCAGGUUCAACGACCAUGAUUUGCCUUUCGAGCUAAAGCACAUAAUCAUGUCAAAACUGCGGCUUCUCACACUUCUGGAGGCCGGGCUCCCUUCUUGGGUCAUUUUCCUGCAAUCUUAUCCGGGCUUCUGUCGACUUUACCGCCCGUGGAUGUGUCCCCUGGCGAGGGGCGUUUAUGUCCUGAUUUCUAUCGUGACUGUCCUUAUUGGGUUCUAUGACUUGUACAAGAACGUACCGCUUCUGAAAACUGCAGCCUCGAAUCUGUUUGGGCCUUUUUCUGAUUGGGUCGAGGAGUGGGAGAUGAUCUCACGGAUCAAGUACUUGGGGACUAUGCUGUUCUUGCAUAAUUUUCAGAAAGCGGUCAAGGGGUUUCUUGUGGCUGCUCGGACUAUCGUGAAGUUUGUCUCAUUUUUCGUUCGCCCGAUGGCCGAGCCGUUUUUCGAGUUUGUAGAGAUGUUCGUGCCCGUUUGGAUGAUGCUCGUGCGGCUGGUCGGCGAUUUUUUUUCGGUGGUUUGGAUGGUGGUUGAGUCUUGUUUUGCGGUGGUUGUGGAUUUUGUGGAGAUUUUGGUGCUGCCUGUUUGGUAUAUAUUGAUGUUAGCUUGGAAUGUUGCAUCAUCCUUCAUAUACCCUAUAAUCUGGGUUCUCUUGUAUGGUCCAUUUAAGCUGAUUUUGGGACUCUACAGCUUUGUGUCUGUCAUGUGUGCUUUCUUAUAUGACCUAUUUGACGACAUAUGGAUAUCUGCAAAGAGCAUAUUCCAGUUCACGAAAGGGGUUAACACGACAGUGAGCUCGGUUGAGGUCUCUGUGUGGCGUUCUUUGUGGAAAGACCUUUUCUCACAGGCAAUAUUUUCGAAACCGAAAAGAAUCCCCAACAAGAAGGCAAUGUGA